AUGGACAACUCCACUGCAGCACACGCAGCUCCUCCGGCGGCAGCCCCACCGGCGCCGGCCUUCAACUCGGAGCCGGUCGCCCUCUUUUGGGUCGCCUGGGGAGGAUUUUGGACGGUGAUGGUACUUUGCGGCAUGAUAUUCUUGUUCAAGAACCGCCGUAUGCCGUUCCUCAAGAUUCGCGGUUUGGGCUUGUCGUUUGGCGCCGUCAUCCUGCUCCACCUGUACUGGCUCUCCUGCCAGAUCGGCCUCUCCAUCGGCGCUUACGUUCCAGACAACAUCGAGUUUUGGAUCAUGGGUCUCUACCUGCCGUUUGGGAUCGCCCUCUUCCACGCGUCAAACAGCCGCUUCCUUCAUGUCGCCGACGCACAAAAGAGGUACGCCGAAAAGGCAACCGCCUACUCCGGACCCAAGAAGCAUAGGUGUGGCUGCAAGGACAAGACUUUGAUGGGGAGGUUUCGGAAGCUGGAUUACUCCACCAGAAUCGUUGCUAUUGUGUGCGUAGGGAUGCUCCUACAGCUUAUCUUGACUGUCACCAUGUUUCUGGUCUCCCGCAAAUACCACCCUUGGUUUGGUAUUCCGGGUACCGAGGUCACAGGUACCCCUAUGCAGCAGUCAAUGGAGAGGGGCAGGGGUUGGGAGUGGUGGCCGUCCAUCUUUUGGCAGUUCUUCUGGGCUUGGAUGGUUGCCCCUGUUAUUCUUUGGAAGUCUCGCGAGAUCAAGGACACUCAGGGAUGGCGCCUACAGACGCUUGCCUGCUGUAUUGCUAGCCUGCCCGCUACUCCCAUGUGGUUGGUUGCAGUGUACGUUCCAGCAAUGGCGCCAGUGAACAGAUAUUUUAUUCCUCCUCAAUGGAUCUGCCUGUCCAUCAACUUCAUCGAAAUCUUCACAAUCUUCAUCCCUUGCUGGCAAGUGGUCAUGCACAAGACCCUGCGCAAGGAAACGCUUGAAUCCAUAGCCAACUGGGAGGCCAAAAGACGCGAGAACCCAGAGCGUAGGACCUCGUUUGUCACCGACUCUACAAAGAUCGGCUCUGCGACGGGCGCGAGCUGGAAGUUCCUGUCCGAUGUCGAAAAGGCGACUGGACAAUCCGAGAGCGUCUUCACCAUGGGGGCGCUCGACUACGUGCUCGAAAAGAAUCCAGAGCCGCUCCGCAAGUUCUCAGCCCUGCGAGACUUUUCUGGAGAGAACAUUGGGUUCUUGUCCGCCGUCGCGGAUUGGAAGUCGGCCGAGGGCAACCGGCUGAGGUCUUCGGGGAUGGGAAAGGCAGGGACCUCGGGAACAUCGGAAAAAGAAGACGUCGAGGAUGAGAGCGAGCCCGAGAUCAACCGCAAACGUUUCAACCAAGCGCUACACAUUUAUGCAGAGUUCAUCAGCCCGCGCCACGCAGAGUUCCAGGUCAACAUUGCGUCGCACGACCUCCGUCGACUCGAGGACAUUUUCGAGGACGCGGCGCGGAUCCUGUACGGCGACGGACAUCAUCUUGAAAACCCAGCUGUUCCCUUUGAGACGUCCGACUGGGUCGAAAAUGGAAGUUCGAGUUCAUCCACCGCGGCCGGGUCCUCGGAUGGGCUUUCUUCCACAGAAACGGAAGAUCGCGGCCGUGCGCAGUACUUUGGGGAAAUCCCACAAGAGUUCUCGAUGAGCGUGUACGACGCGGCCGAGAACAGCAUCAAGUACCUGGUCCUGACUAACACGUGGCCCAAGUUUGUCAAGGAGGGGAGGGCCUCAAUCUCGGAGCAUUCCAUAGAUUCGGCCGAUACUGAUGAUUCUCGGUCGCCGCUGGCGAGGAUAUCGGUGUACCUGAGGAACAUGAAGUACUAA